AUGGGUGUCAGAGUUGUGGGGGGACAGGCUGUGUCAGCCUCCUACCAGAUCCGUAGGACGAUGGUUGAUGGUUCAGGGGGCUCGGUGGUCUGAUCCUCGGUUAUGGAAACUGGCUCUUGAAAUAAUACAAAUAAUAUUAGUCGAAUUAUUAUUAAUAAUAAUAAUAAUAUGACUUUUAUAUGGUGGAUUUUUAGAGAGUAAGUGUCAACCUUGUUUUUGUUAUUUUUAAAUUAGGGGCUCCUGAAAGAAGAACUAAGCUGCCACCCAAAUGUGAGACUGUCUGUGUUGGACUACUUUUGGCUCUCCUGGUUGUUGGUAACAUAGGACAGCUUGUCUAUCGUAAGUCAUUUGACCCUCAUUUUGUUGUCAUUAAAUACAAAAAGGAUACAAACAUUUCACUGAUAUGAUACAAAUACCUAUUUGUAGUAUUUAGGAUGCUUACUUGUAAUUAAUUGCAUUUUGCAGAUGCUGUCUCUUCACCAGAUCGAGAAUAUUGGAACAACCAAAAAGAAGAACUGCAGAGAAAUUAUGAAGCUAAACUGGGGAACCUGUCUGAUGAGUUACAGACCACUCAUCUGAUAAGAGAGGCAAAGGUCAGAGAAUUAACCCAACAGGUCGGAGACAUAGUGACCAUGAUAGCUAAAGGUGAGAUGAUUCUCAAACUUUAAAUGCACAGUCUAGAUAUUUGUAGCUUUUACUGAUGAUUUCUCUGUUUCUCCAUUUUAAGGCAAAGAUUGUGACACAGGCUGGAAGAAGUACGGUCUCAGCUGUUACUUUGUUUCAACCGGAAAGAAAAACUGGGCUGCAAGCAGGGAAGACUGCAAGGCUCAAGGGGCUGACCUGGUCGUCAUAAACAGUGAAGAAGAAAAGGUGAGAAGGGAGGGAACAAGGGAGCAUGCAAGGGAGCCAGCUAUACUGCAAGCAAAGUAACAGGCAUGCAAGCAAAAGAGAAAAGAAGUCAUCAAGAAAGCAUACAAAAGAAAAAAAAAUAGAAAAAAAGAAAGAAAACAGGCCAAAAAGUAAGACAGCAAAACAACAAAAAAAGGGAAUAAGCAAGCAAGGAGGGAAAAUAAAAACCCUAAAGAGCAGAAAAGAAUUAAGAAACUAAAGAAGUAAGCAAGCAGGAAAGCAAGGAAGCAAGUAGAACAGGAAGUAGCAUGAAAGUAAGAAGGAAAGCAAGCAAGGGAGUGUGUAUGCAAACGAGCAAGAAAGGAAGCAAGAUUGCAAGUGAGCAAGAGUACAAGGACGCAAACAAGAAAGCAAAAAGGCAAGCAAGGAACAGAGGAAGCAAGCAUUUGGAAAAAAAGAGCAAGAAAAGGAUAACAAUGGGAAAACGGUCAAGACAAUUAAAAUUAAAAGGAUUACAUAUGGGAGAACAGGAGAAAGAUGAAAUACAGAGGAGCUGCCUUCUAUUGAUCAAUGUAUUUGGUUUCAGAAUGUGAUUGGUUGGUACUGAAAGUACAGUGAAGCUCAUGGACAAAAAUGUUCUCAACAGUUUACAUAAAGUUCUGUUUUGAUAGGAGAGCAGUUCAUAUGUCUGACAAACAGCAGAUUACCUGUUUUUAUUAAUGGUUGUAUUUAAAUAUUUGCAACUUUGAACUGGCAACUACAUCUCAGAGGCUCUCUGUGAUGCUGUUAAAGAUUCAUCUGAUUUAACACAUUUAUAAAGCUUCGUCUCUGAAGAUUUACUCAGGUUUUGUUAUGGAGGGCAAAACGUUGUGGUUUGACCAAAAUUGUGUCUCUUUUGUGAUGACAGGAUUUUCUCAGUGGGCUUGUGAGUUGGGGUGAAAACACCUGGAUUGGUCUGACUGACAGUGCUCAAGAGGGGAAUUGGAUGUGGGUGGAUGGGACCCCCGUCACCACUACGUAAGUUUUCAUGCUGGGCUGGACCUGCUGUAUUCUGUAUUUUAAAAUGAUUUAAUGAAGUUUUUAGCAUCAGUAUAUUUAGUCUCUUCCUGAUAUACUCUACUGGUAUUUAUAAAACCAGGAAAAUAGCAGCAGGAUAUGUACAUAAUUCAUCAAUCUUUUCAGUUGCACUUUGGCUCAUGGAAGAGCAUAUCUGACUGGAGAUAGGGUACAGGGGUAAUGUCUCUGACAUCUUGUUCAUCAGGUACUGGGAGAGUAGACAGCCCGACAGUUUUAAAGGGAACCAGGACUGUGGAGAGAUGGUGCAGAGAGGAGAGUGGAACGACGAACACUGUUCUGUAAAUAACGUCUGGAUCUGUGAAAAGAAACUCACGUUUUAAUGACUAUGUGUGCAUAUCCUUGGUAUUUAAGCCUGAUGAUAGUUUUUCAUCAUUUUAAGGACAAGACCGGAUCACAUGGAAAACAAUUAAAUCAGGCUUUGACAGGAACUGCUCAAAUUUGAAAUAAGUAUUUCACUUAAAAUAUGUGAAAAAUGGUUUUGGAAAAAAUCUCACAUCCCUUUUUAUUUUCCCACCAAUCAGAUGAUCUCAAAGUACACCAAACUACUGUAUGAUCAAUUUUUCUUAUUGAAUAGACCAAUUCAAAAUAUGAAUCAGAAACGGUCCAAUUCAAGAGAAAACACUCCACUGCUGACCUUAAUGAUCACAGAAACACAUUCAAAUAAUCCAUUUUAUGGAAAUUACAAAAAGAGUAUUCACAAAUGAGUCGCUCACUGUCACAAAAAACUAAAAAAGUGCAAAUUAAGACACCUAGACUGAGAGGCUCUUCACAUUUCCCAGUAUGACAGCUUCUCUUUUCUGAUGCUGACUGAUAUACUUCGCUGUUUUUUUGAAAACCAAAGGCUGAGUACAUCAGCUGAGCAUACGUCCUGGUGUUAGAGUCCGACUGACUUAGAGUUGAAAGUUAUGGCAGACCUUAUGCCCUGUGCACUAAUGAGACUUAAGACCUGUACGUGUUACACUUGGGUGUAACUUUCACACCUAAUAACCCAUGAGACAGACACGAACAGCAGUAGAAAGCCCUCUACGAAAAGUGUUUACACAUGUUAAGUAAAACAUAAAGGUGCAAAAAUGACAGCAGAGGUGUUGAAAAGAAGUUGCUAGGUGAUGACAGUUCAGAAAAAUAGGGCGGGGCUUGUACAUUUUUGGACUUAAAUGUGUUAAAAGGAAUCAGUUCCAGGUCUCUGGUCAACACGUCUAACUGGGAUGUAAAGUUAGGUGUCAUCACUAUAACAGCGACAUUACACAUUGUAUAUACGGAUGAUAUUAUCAAGAGGAAGCAGGUAAAUGGAAAAGAGAAUUGGACCCAUAACUGAACCCUGUGGAACCCCAUUUGAUAAACUACAACCUGCAAAAGUUCUGUUGUCCAUGUAUGACCUCAACCACUGAGAGGCCCCAUCACUUAUUCCUGCUCACUUCUGCAGUCUGUCAGUGACUGUUAUGAUCUACCUUGUCAAAUGUAGGACCAGGAUGUAACAAUCUCCAGCAUCUUCACUAAACAGGAUGUUGUGAAAAAUUUAGAGGUGCAAGAUGGGUAAAUCUGUUAUCAUCUGUGGCAUGUGUGGGCUUUCUGAUGUGUUCAGAAUCAGUUAAGGUAAAAAAAAAAGACUGAGUCAAACUUUAGUGAGAUUUUGCAUGUAGUUGACACCAGCCUGAUGAGCUGCGUCUCUGGACAACUUGUACAAACAUUAGGCCCAGCCGUAUAAUGAGGGGGCCCAUGCACUGCAUGUGCUGUGCUCCUGUUCCUCUUUCAGUGAGAAUUUUUUUUGCAUCAGUUCUUUGACUCAUACACGGCAAAAGGAAACACCAACGUCUGUGAAAUUCGGACCAAGGUCUUUUUUUUCCAAAAUUUUCCCACCUGCCCUUGGUUUGGUCCCCUUGAUACCUGAUGCUCUUGUAUUCAUUUUAUCUGCUCUGUACUUUGCAUGCUUCAAUUGUUUUGGGAAGCUUAAAUAUUUCACCUUCUGUAGAUUGAGGGGGGAUUAUUGUUUGUGAUAAUGAUGGAUUUUAAACCACAAUAUGUAAGUUGGAGUGUACUUCUCAUUAAACCAAGAUCCAUCCAUGCGUACAGUUUUGGGGUUUUUUGUUAUUUCUGUCUGCUGAAUCUAAAAGAGUUUUUAUGUGUUUUGGUUCUUCCUUUAUCCGACCAAUCAAAACUGAGUUCAAGCAUGAAGAUUAUCCUUCAGAUAACAGGCUACAGAUGCUGACUGUUAUCUACAGGAUGCACACUGUACACUGGCAUAAAUGCAUUUCUGUGGCAGUGGCAGCUCAACGCAGUCCAACAGACCUUUCUUGUUAGUGUCUCAGCUCUGAGGUAAGUGCUCGUUAAGAGACCAUUUUCACCUUAACUGUUAAAUACUAUAAGAUAAUAUAAUAAAGACUUUAUUGAUCCCCACUGGGGGAGAUGCUUUUUUCUACAGCAGCUCAAAAACAAGGGACAGGAGAGUACAAUUAGAAAGUUUGACUAGAACAGAAUUAAGAGUAAAUAAAGGAAUACUGUAGUCGAUACACAUGCACACUCUAGAACUACAGUUAAAUUGGUUAUUGCACAGAGAGCGUUUCAGCAUGUUCUUCAAAACACACAGUACUGAUAUGAGGACAUGACUGCUGAUGAUUAAAGGGAUAUCCCAGCGUAAAAUUAAGUUCAACACCGUAACACCAAGUUAGACACUCCGGCGAGAGAGGAAUGUUGCCGACUGCUUGCUUCUCUAGUUACACCAACUUUAGGAAUGACCACAGAUAGCAGUACAGAGAGCCACACGCUCAACCAAAGCGCCACUCUACAGCCACAAAUAAUGCUCAGAACAGCACCUAACUUCAUCAACAAUACAUAUAGGGUCCCAGCCAUAGUACUAGCCACCAUACAUCUUUCUUUUAACUUUGCCUGAUUUCUACAACAAAGAGACUAAACACAACUCACCGUCUCUCUUCCAGCAGCUGCUUGUUUUUGGGCGAGUUCAUCGAGGGGAUGCUACCAAAUGAAGAACAUUUAUGAUCAUUUCUUCAUGGAAAUACAAUCAGACUGAGACGCUAAGGCAGAAGAACUACCGUGUCUGCAGUGCAAAAUUAUUACUAUGGUGAUUAUUACUCCAAGGAAAUGAUCAUAAAUGUUCUUCUUUGAGCUGCAUCCCCCCGCUGUAGUCGAUGGACUCGCCUGGAGGUCUAAAAAAAUAAUAAUUAUUUACAUAAAAAUUAAUGUGUUUUAGUAAUAGAUGAAUCAUAGUGCAAAGUCACAAAGCAGCUGCAUUGUAUUGAAACAGGAGAGGAUGAUUUUGGGGAAGUGUCUUUUAUUUUGAAAUUUCCUGUUAUUGACUUUUGACAGUUAUGCUUGUAAUGAUGAUUGCUUAUGAUCAAGUGAUGAUUAAGUUUAUUUCUGUUCAUACAAUGAAAUCCAAACUUGACUAAGACUAUGGUGUAAAGGUUGGAGAUCCUUGCAGAAGGAUAUUCAGGGACUGUAAGCAUAAGUGUUGCAUACUGUUGUGGCUGGACAGUUAUCUAUUUCUGUCUCUCCUAUCAGGAAAAACAGAAAAUGGAAUCCACUGGGACGAAUGAAAACAUAUAUGGCAACUUUGAAAUGGAAGAAUAUGAUAAAAACAGUUAAGUAUCACAUUAAACCAUGAACACAUAACAUCAUAUACUGCUAAAAACAUCCAGCAUAUGUCAGAAUACUGAAAACUGGUGAAGAAAAAAAUCCAUCAUUAUUGUUUGUCGUGUUUUACUUUAAUAUUUUUUCUGUCUUGUCUUUAGGUUUACUUAAUAUGCUGCAUUGUCAAACAAUGCUUUUAUUUUGAAGGAUAUAAAAUUUUAAUACUGGAUUAAUUUGCAACCCUACAAUCUUCUAUCCUGUUUUUGAAUCCACAAAAAGUCACCAGCAUCCAUUUUAAAAGUGCCCAAUCGAGUACCAAUGAACUCACCAAAUGCUUUUUUAAAACAUGAUACCAGUACUUUUAUUUUUUCUAAUAAUAAUGACGGUUAUCAUUAUUACCAAAUCGGCUGCUUCAAUUUCCAAAAAACACCCCUAUCUUACCAAUGAGAGCCAUAUGUGCAGUUGUACAGUUUUUCUUGAACGAAAAUACAAAAUCAAGUUCAUUUAAAAUGCCUUCUGUCAGCAGAGGCUUCCAUGAAGCUGCCCUUCUGUGUUAUCUUCUUAAAAAGAGUUUGAUCGGGUUGAUGCUUAUGAGGCAUGAUUAACCUCAGAAUCAUUAAGCCAUCUGGAGUUGGUGCUGUCAAACUCAUAAGUUAGAUCAGUAUUCAGCAAGAAAACAAAAACAGAGGUUACUACCAUAGAAAGACCAGAAACUGUUAGUCCGUGUAGGGGAAUGACUUCAAAUCAGACUCCAAAAAAGGGAUGACUGAAUUUAAAUCACCCAUUUAUUAAGAAAUAACGGUCUCACACUUUAUCUCAAAACCAGGCUUGUCUUUCUGUCUUUGUUCCUGUUUUUGGACAGGAAGUCUGAAGUGUAACUUGAAGCAUGUGUUAAAGGCUUAUAUGGUAUUACUAAUGUGUUAUCAAAAUGUAGCAGUUGCCAUACCAACAAGUGGCUCUAGUAUGGGCUAGGACAAAGAGUUUAGGUACGGCUGCUGGAGCUGGUCUACGUUAUUAAGAGGCAGAGAUGGAAUCAAGUUUGAAUGGUGAUUGUAACAUGUGUUGUGAUGAAUACAGAAUAACAAAAGUUAUGUUGAAAACCAAAAAGAAACCCAAAGAUAUUUACAGGCACUGCAGUAUUUUUGAUAAUCACUUGUUAAGUGCAGUAUGAGUUUUCAAAUGAAACACAAUCAUCAGUUUAAAUCAGUUCACUGAUUUACACAAUAGUCCAUAGAUUUAUUGUCCAGAUGUAAACCAGAAAUUGUGAUCAUGGUUGUCCGCGUUGUGGGGGGACAGGCUGUGUCAGCUUCCUACCAGAUCUGUAGGACGAUGGUUGAUGGUUCAGUUCUCUCACCAAUAGUUAUCUUAGCUCACCAUUCAUCCCUUUAAGGAUUCACCUGGCCUGUAUUUAAUUUGUCCACACAUAAAUCAUAAAUGAAAUGAACAUGCUGCAAAUAAUUACCUUUCAUGUUUGGCUAUUGAGCAGUAGCCUAAUUGAGUUAGUGCAAUACAACAUUCACAUUACAUUCAGAUUAAAUGACUGUCAAUAAAUCAAAUUCAAUAAUAGGGAUAAUUACAUUCAAAACAGGCAAAAUAAAACAAAAUCAUCCAAGUACCCUAUUAAAUAGACUGUAAAUGAGUACAAAUUCAAAUAAACCUGAUAGCGCAUCUAUGCUAAUGCUAGCGCUAGCCUGCUAGCUUAGCAUUUUUGCGCCACAUUUGAUCAUUCAACACACACCAAUUCUUCAGUUUAAUCUGCGCACGAUGGCGGAAAACAGAUUACCAACAAACCAGUAUUUACCUCUAAAGGUUGAUAAUACAAUACUUUGUGUGCAAAGCAUGACGUGAGGUAAAAGAGUGAAUGUCUAUCAACGUUGGAGAGGAAACUGCUCCAAAUAAUAAUCGUCGUCGUCGUUUUCUUCGAUCUCCCGCUCCAUCCUACCCUCACUCGUGAAUAAGAUCCCGAGAUACCUUAAUACCUCCACUUGAGGCAGGACCUCCCCUCUGAACUGGAGAAUACUUAUUACCCUUUUCCGACUGAGGACCAUGGCUUUGGACGUGCUGAUUCGCAUCCCAGCCGCUUUACACUCAGCCGCAAACCGCCCCAGCAAGAGCUGAAGGUCACUGCUCGACGAAGCUAGAAGAACCACAUCAUCCGCAAGAAGCAGCGACGGGAUCCUCUGCCUGCCUAACUGGACACCCUCCACCCCCCGACUGCACCUAGAAAUUCAAUAAAGGUUAUGAACAGAAACGGUGACAAAGGGAAGACCUGGCAGACUCCAAUUCUCACUGGAAACGAGUCCGACUUAAAACCCGCUACACAGACCAAGCUCUUGCUCUUUUGGUAAAGGGAUUGAACGGCCCUUAAUAAGGAACCAUCCACUCCAUACUCCUGAGGCAUCCCCCACAGGAUUCCCCUAGGGACACAGUCAUAGGUCUUCUCCAAGUCCACAAAACACAUGUGGACUGGUUGGGCAAACUCCCAUCUCCCCACCUUGAACCGUUACCUUACCGUGCUGGAGGAGUUUGCAUGUUCUAAUGAACCUAGGAGCUAUGCUGUCCGGGCAUUUUGCCCUUGGUAGGGUCUCCCAAGGCAGAUUGGUCCUUGGUGAAGGGUUAGACUAAGAAUGGUUCAGAAGACCCUCAUGGAGAAGAAAGAAAGGAAACAGUGUGCCCAGAGGGACACCAGGGCACCCACCCUGUAGCCAGGCCUGGGGUUGGGGCUCGUUGGCGAGCGCAUGGUGGCCAGGCCUGCACCCAUGGGGUCCGGCAAGGUUCAGCCCGAAUGAGCCACAUGGGCACCACCUUCAGUGGACCCACCACCUGCAGGAGGAACAUGAAGGGCCCGGUGCUUGAAGGAUUGGGCCAUGGACCAAAGAGGGGGGGGCUCGGUGGUCUGAUCCUCGGUUAUGGAAAUUGGCUCUUGAAAUAAUAGUAAUAAUAUUAGUCUAAUUAUAAAUAAUAAUAUUAAUAAUAUGACUUUUAUAUGGUGGAUUUUUAGAGAGUAAGUGUCGACCUUGUUUUUGUUAUUUUUAAAUUAGGGGCUCCUGAAAGAAGAAAUAAGCUGCCACCCAAAUGUGGGACUGUCUGUGUUGGACUACUUUUGGCUCUCCUGGUUGUUGGUAACAUAGGACAGCUUGUCUAUCGUAAGUCAUUUGACCCUCAUUUAGUUGUCAUUUAAUACAAAAAGGAUACAAACAAUUAACUGAUAUGAUACAAAUACCUAUUUGUAGUAUUUAGGAUGCUUACUUGUAAUUAAUUGCAUUUUGCAGAUGCUGUCUCUUCAACAGAUCGAGAAUAUUACAACAACCAAAGAGAAGAACUGCAGAGAAAUUAUGAAGCUAAACUGCGGAACCUGUCUGAUGAGGUACAGGCCACUCAUCUGAUCAGAGAGGCAAAGGUCAGAGAAUUAACCCAACAGGUCGGAGACAUAGUGACCAUGAUAGCUAAAGGUGAGAUGAUUCUCAAACUUUAAAUGCAGUCUAGAUAUUUGUAGCUUUUACUGAUGAUUUCUCUGUUUCUCCAUUUUAAGGCAAAGAUUGUGACACAGGCUGGAAGAAGUACGGUCUCAGCUGUUACCUUGUUUCAACGGCAAAGAAAAACUGGGCUGCAAGCAGGGAAGACUGCAAGACUCAAGGGGCUGACCUGGCCAUCAUAAACAGUGAGGAAGAACAGGUGAGAAACCAAGCAAGAAAGCAAGGGAGCAAACAAGGGAGGGAACGAGGGAGCAUGCAAGGGAGCCAGCUAUACUGCAAGCAAAGUAACAGGCAUGCAAGCAAAAGAGAAAAGAAGUCAUCAAGGAAGCAUACAAAAGAAAACCAAAAUAGAAAAAAAAAGAAAGAAAACAGGCCAAAAAGUAAGAAAGCAAAAUAACAAAAAAAGGAAAUAAGCAAGCAAGGAGGGAAAAUACAAACCCUAAAGAGCAGAAAAGAAUUAAUAAAUUAAAAAAGUAAGCAAGCAGGAAGGCAAGGAAGCAAGUAGAACAGGAAGACGCAUGAAAGUAAUGAGGAAAGCAUAUAGAAACAAGCAAAAAAACAAGACAAAGCAAGCAAAGGAGUGUGUAUGCAAACUAGUAAGGAAGAUUGCAAGUGAGCAAGGGUACAAGGAAGCAAACAAGAAAGCAAAAAGGCAAGCAAGGAACCAAGGAAGCAAGCAUUUGGAAAAAAGAGCAAGAAAAUGAUAACAAUGGGAAAACAGUCAUCCCAAUAAUUUUGAUUAAAAGGAAUACAUAUGGAAGAAUAGGAGAAAGAUGAAAUGAAGAGGAGCUGCCUUCCAUUGAUCGAUGUAUUUGGUUUCAGAAUGUGAUUGGUUGGUACUGAAAGUACAGUGAAGCUCAUGGACAAAAAUGUUCUCAACAGUUUACAUAAAGAAGUUCUGUCUUGAUAGGAGAGCAGUUUAUAAGUCUGACAAACAGCAGAUUACCUGUUUUUAUUAAUGGUUGUAUUUAAAUAUUUGCAACUUUGAACUGGCAACUACAUCUCAGAGGCUCUCUGUGAUCCUGUUAAAGAUUCAUCUGAUUUAACACAUAUAUAAAGGUUAGUAUCUGAAGAUUUACUCAGGUUUUGUUAUGGAGGGCAAAACGUUGUGGUUUGACCAAAAUUGUGUCUCUUUUGUGAUGACAGGAUUUUGUCACUGGGCUGAAGAGUUGGGGUGAAAACACCUGGAUUGGUCUGACUGACAGUGCUCAAGAGGGGAAUUGGAUGUGGGUGGAUGGGACCCCCGUCACCACUACGUAAGUUUUCAUGCUGGGCUGGACCUGCUGUAUUCUGUAUUUUAAAAUGAUUUAAUGUAAUUUUUAGCAUCAGUAUAUUUAGUCUCUUCCUGAUAUACUCUACUGGUAUUUAUAAAACCAGGAAAAUAGCAGCAGGAUAUGAAAGUAAUUCAUCAAUCUUUUGAGUUGCACUUUGGCUCAUGGAAGAGCAUGUCUGACUGGAGAUAGGGUACAGGGGUAAUGUCUCUGACAUCUUGUUCAUCAGGUACUGGGAGAGUGGACAGCCCAACAGUAAGAAAGGGAACCAGGACUGUGGAGAGAUGGCAUUCAGAGGAGAGUGGAACGACGAACACUGUUCUGCGGGUAACAUCUGGAUCUGUGAAAAGAAACUCACGUUUUAA